AAUCUUGGGGGGUACGCUUGACCUACCUUGACUGUAAAACGACCCAUUCACGUGACUCGUGACACAUCGAGCACGCGGGAAUUUCGCUGUGGUUUGUCUCAGUUUCAUUGCGGAAAUGGAGUCAAACAAGGACACAGGUACAAACAAUCAAAUAAUAGACCAGAUUAUAUACUACACAGGAUAGAUAUUUGGUGUAGCUUUUGAAAACGUUGUUGUUUCGUGAUAAGCACUUGACCCACAUGUUUACAUUGGCGAGGCGAGAGUUCAAAUACUGCACCUGAAGGAUAAGAGUUCUUUACAGCUGACAAAAUGGCACGAAACUUUCCACCUAAUGUAUAUGAAGCAUCUCUGUAUCACUGUGAGACUUGAGAUUGCCUAAAUUAAACGUAUUUUGGCUGAAACAUUUGUUGGAGAAUUGAUUUAUGUCGCUCUUAACUGUACUGUCAAGUCAGAAAGGUCAAAUUACACUAAAGUGCGCCGUGAAUUUUGCGUUCCCAAAAAUUCAUUUCAUAUGUUGCCCAGAGUUUUGAAAGCACAUUUUGAAAGCUUAGAGAUUGCUUUUUAAUUUGGAAUGUCUUUUUCUGUUUGAAAUCAUGUAUCGGAUGUAAUUUUAGGCCUUUGAAAUUUGACAACAUUUUGCUCGCGUAAAAUCCUUAAAAUUUUGUAAAUAUUUAAAAAUCCAUAAAAUAUUUCAGUUGCAAUCAAUUCAAGAACAUGACCACUCAAUAUUUGUAUUAAAACCCUUUUAAUACGAUAAGAACUUUUUGGGUUGGAUGAUAUUUGAAUUCGAUUGAAAUCGCGGUCUUUUCGUAGCCCGGUCUAGAGGCCCGAAAAAGAGGUCUGGCGGAGGCCGUAAAUCGCCCGAACUUGACAUUCGCCGUAUCGCCAAAAUACUUACCCAAUGAAACUAAAAUUUAUAUUUUCAUUUCCAGAAUACCUAGGGUAGUCUACAGAAUUUUGGGGGGAUUUUUGAAAAAUUAUAUAUUUUUCCCACCUCUGGUCGAUAUUUACAGACAUCCGCUCUUAAGGUCCUUAAGGGUUUUUCCUGUAGUCUGCUGUAAAAGCGUGCAUAAACUUUCACAAACGCAGCCACCGAGGAAUCCUGCUGCGACCCAAAAACCACAUAAACAUACCAGCUUUGAAUAACAGAAGAAUCUUGAUAUAGCGGUGGUAUUUUAUUUUGUGGCGGCAGUGGAUGAAUACAAAACGUUUAACACUUAAAAUGACAAGAAGCGUCAAUUAGGUGCUGCCGGGUAGACAAAUUUCAAGAUGCUGCAAAAGCCUUUUCGUGACGCAUGAAUUCACCUGCCAAAAUUUUGACCAAUCUUAGACCAGGUUGGUCCUGGAGUUUGACUAAAAGCGUGACGAAGCUAAAAGCAAGGCCUUAAAAACAUAUUUUUUUAAGAUUUCGUCUAACUCAAAUACAAGAAACUUCAAGAUUUUUACCCUAGUAAUUCCUUAGGUUGCCUCUUAAAUGGCUGACUUUGGUCAAGACAAAUGAAGGCUCCAGGUCUAGGACUCUCUUCUCUACCCCCUCUACCAGAGUCUCUACGGACGUGCGAGCGGGCGUACGCUGGCGUCAUAGCCAUAUUUCUGAUAUUUUCAAGCAUCGAUGUACUUUCUAUAGCUAUGGAGGCUCCGAAAGCUCCGUUAUAACUACAUACACUUCUCUUGCUUUUUCUUAAUACAACUGUUGUUUAAAUAUAUAUAUAUAUAUAUAUAUAUAUAUAUAUUUAAACAACAGUUGUAUUAAGAAAAAGCAAGAGAAGUGUAUGUAGUUAUAACGGAGCUUUCGGAGCCUCCAUAGCUAUAGAAAGUAUAUCGAUGCUUGAAAAUAUAUAUAUAUAUGUAUAUAUAUAUAUAUAUAUAUAUAUAUAUAUAUAUAUAUAUAUAUAUAUAUAUAUAUAUAUAUAUAUAUAUAUAUAUAUAUAUAUAUAUAUAUAUAUUUAUUAAAUGGAGGAGAGUGUUUUACUGGGAACUAAACCACUCGUAGAUUCCAUACGCCACUUCAUCCGGGACCCGAGUGGCGUAUUUUCCGUAUGUCACCUUUGUGAGUGUCGUAUUGUUCAAUGACGUCACGAUUCCCGCCUUUUGCUUUUGUUGAAUUGGUUUCUCCAUAUAAUGAAAAGAACAUUACACGGUGUCGAGAAGAUAUGAAUUUUAUGUUCUCGUGGCAAGAACAAUAUCUCACUCGUUCGCUUCGCUCACUCGUGAGAUAUUGUUCUUGCCACUCGAACAUAAAAUUCAUAUCUUCUCGACACCGUGUAAUAUCCUCUAUUUAUAUAUGUAUAUGAAAAAUCACAGGAGUUCAGGCUUCAGGAGUAAUCAUUGAUCGUUUAUUGCGACAGUGCUGUUUCGUAUGGUCCGAAAUUGUAGGACCACACUCAUCAGGCAACUUCAACGAUUGACCGUUAAAAUUAAAAGCUGGCAGUAAAUAUAGGGAUGCGUUAAGAGAUAGUAUCUAGGUAACAGAUGGAUUGUGUCUUAGUUACGUUACUCUAGAGUUCUGAAGUACAUAUCUGUUUCUGUGGGGGCAUGAACUCGCUAGUUCGUUUCGCCUGUUUAGGCUACAAAGCGAAACGAACUAGCGAGUUCAUGAUUAAAUGAAUUGAGCGCUCUACGGAAUACGUUCUACCCAGAAUACAAGUAUAUAUAUAUAUAUAUAUAAGAAAUGGUAAACGUGCAGCGUGCAACCAUGGAGUUAUGGAUGCACGCGGGAGGUUGCUAAGCACAAAAGAAGCGUAAGAGUCGCACGAGGCGAUAGCCGAGUGCGACUCAAGCUUCUUGAGUGCUUAGCAAACCUCCCAAGUGCAUCCAUAACUCCAUGGUUGCACAGCAGCAACGUUUACCAUUUCUUUUAUAACAUAAUCAAAAGAGAAAAACAUUAUUUUCCAUUUGUCUUCGGUUGAAUCAUCGGUACGAGUUCAAGUAUGCUGCCACCUGCCCGCGCGUAAACAAAUCAUGUUCUAUGUUUUUCAAAAACUUGCCUUUGAGUUUUUCUUUCGCUGAAUCAACCGUUCUCCGUCUUCAGGUAAAUUGCAAAACGUUUUUCGUCGUUAUUCUGAAUGGCAUCUGUCUACUUGCUCUUAAUAUUAGGGUAAAAACUUUGAGGGAAAACUAUAGCUGCAACUAUAAACACCAACUAAAAAGACUCUAAAAAACAAGCUAAAACUAAAUAAAUGAAAUAAUUAUCAAUCUUAUUUAUGUGACAAUUUUUGAAAUAAACGCAAAGUAGAAAUGAGAAAAUUUGAAGGUAAUUCCUUUAGAAUAACAGGUAACACUAAUUUUAAAAAGAAAUUAACUAGCUUUGUAUCGAAAUCUGUCUGGGGAAAUGCAGCUAUGAAAGUCAAAGUUAAAACUGAAAUUCGCCAACACACAGCGACGCUGAAGCUGUUGUUUUUCGACCGUUCUCUGAACGACUGUUAUGAAUGAACACCGAGGAACAAAAUAAUACACACAGAAGUCAUUUUUUGAAAAAUUUAUUUGAAAACCCAAAUGUUUCUGUACUCAAAUGAAAUUCGCUUAUUCCAGCGUAAUGUGCCGUUUAAACUCAACUAAAAUUUUUAAUCGAUGCGAUGAAAACUUCACAACUAAGCUGUCUCGAAUUUGGGCGUGUUUCCUAAAAUAUUUGCUUGAAUUUAGCAUCAGCUUGACCAAAAAGUCAAUAACACAAUGCUAAUUGAUAAAUUUACAUUUCAAACAGACUUUCUCUUCUAUAAAAAACAUACAAAAUGUACCUUAAAUCUUCGCUCGCUCGAUUAUCCUUCAGCCGAUUCUAGCCGCGAGGAAAACAGUGAUUAAUUCAUCCAGGGUAAAUUUGUCGCUUGAUCUUUUGUCUUUUUUCCUUCAAAACGACAGCUAAGUAUUUUCUUCAACUUCCACUUUUCAUCUGUGCAUUUCAUCUGUGUAUUUUACCGUCAGGAGAGGAGAUUUGUUGAAUUUGCCUAAAUUUUACCGCGCUAGCUUAGUUUCUUGGCGUGCACCCACGGGCAAAUGGUAGUGGCUAACUGACCAAUCAGAGCGCGCGGUUUGCUUUUGUUAUGUUAUAUAUAUAUAUAUAUAUACCUGGAUUUUUUAUUCAGUAAACUGACUUCGCGAAGUUUCAAACCGGUGUCAUUUCAGUCUAGAAAUUUUUAAGUUGAGUGAGCUGCAGCGAAAGAGUGCCUGGUUAAGGCUUACAUGACAACUUAAAUAGUUAGCAAAACACUACUUUUUGGACGGUCCGAUAAACAACAGGAUUCCGCAUGGAAUAGACUACAAACUGAAUGAAACAUAGUGCACAAAUUAUCACCUUCUUGUCUGCAAAAACCGGCCUAUGGUGCAAUGCCAUUAGAGCCUGCUGAAACUAGACCUAGAUCUAAUUUUCCUGAGUCGCGAGUUGCUUUUCCAAGGUACAAUCAGCUAAGCUAAACACCGACGAAACAAUAUUAAUGGCUGGCACAGAAUAUUUUGGCGAAACCGCAGUUCAACCACGCAAUCACAUACCUGUCAACAGCAUGCGGAAAUCACACAAUCACACACUUUCGCGGCACUGAUAAGACUAUCCACAACCACGCAUAAUCUUCUCACGUUUAACAUAAGCGAAAUAUCAUCGAAUAACUCGGAAAAACUCAGCCUGUUGCCAGAUAUAAAUACCUCUGGACCUUUCUCUUACACUCGUCUUAUUCAAGUUCCAGGAUGUAGAGUCACACGGGCGGCGGAUCACCUUAGCCUUGUUUUCACACCAGAAAAAUACUAAGUCUUGGCCCGGGUCAAAGUUCAGCUGCAAUUUUGCUCUCAACUAAUUCAUUUGACUCCUAAGAGCCUGUUCCCGAGGCCAAAGACUUAGUGGUCACCUUAGAAAAACGAACAAUAUCGUACCUUUCUGUCUACAUCCACUUCUACACAAAUCUCUAACCACAAGACAAGCCAAAAAAACAAACGACAUAAGCAAACAACACAGUAAACAAGCUAUUAGACAGCGGAAGUUGAGAAAAAUUACAAAAUGUUUGCUAACCCGGUUUUCAUAACUCCAGGUAACAAUGACAAAUGAAGACAGAAAACAGUUUCCUUUCAAUCCACCUAUAUUUCGAUCACAUUCAGUGAUCUUCUUCAGGGUGACUAACUAGCCGUUAACGUACAGAACUUUUAAAUUGCAAUUUAAAAGUUCUUAUGCUAGAAAUGGAGUUAUAAUUUAUUUGUCCACUGCAUCAAAGCAUUAUAACCAAGCAUUUUGUUUUCAGUUAAACCGAUUAUUGCAUGAAGCUCUUUUUUCACGAAAAUGUAUAUGUGUAAAUAGCAGGAUUUUCACAUAAAAAGGUAGCUUUCUUACAAAAAUAUCUUUUGUAAAAAAACAAAUAUUUACAUAAAAAAGCAGCUUUUUUACAAAAAUAUAUUUUGUAAAAAAGCAGCUUAAAAGCGGUAUUUUUGCAACCGGUUAACUUGUAAAAAAGCAGCUUUUUUACAUAAAAAAACUGCUUUUUUUACAAAAAUAUAUUUUUGUAAAAAAGCAGUAUUUUUACAACCAUGUAACUUGUAAAAAAGCAGCUUUUUUACAAAAAUAUGUUUUUGUAAAAAAGCAGUAUUUUUACAACCGGUUAACUUGUAAAAAAGCAGCUUUUUUACAAAAAUAUAUUGUUGCAAAAAAGCAGUAUUUUUAUAACCGGUCAAUUUGUGAAAAAGCAGCUUUUUUAAAUAAAAAUGACACUUUUUCACAAGGACCGUUUUUUAUGCAACAUAUAUAUAUAUUUUUUUUCUUACUGGUAAAAUUCAAGCGCAUUAUAGACCUUACUUAGAAAAUUAAACUGAACGAAACAGCACCGUUGUUCUCGAUUAGCAGAAAUAUUUUUCUUUAGAUGAAGAGGCGAAGAAGCCAGGCUUAUUCAUCUUACGUUAGCUCCUUAUCUCUUCAAAGAGAAUCAAAAGUUUUUAUAUUGUUCUUUCCAUUAACAGAACUACCAGAGAGGCACAUUUUCAAUCUUCUUCAACAAAUAGAACAACAAGCUAAGGAAGAUACCAACAAUCAUAAGACUGGGAUCUCCGAAAAUUUCAAGAGAAACACCAAGGAAAAAGGUUUUUCGAUUUCUGACAAUCAAGGAGAGGGAAACUGCAUGUUUUUGGCCCUUUCGGAACAGCUUCACCUGAAAAAAGGAAUUAAAAUCUCACAAGCAGAGUUACGGCAAACCGUAGUCCAAUAUCUGAGGAAAAACCCUACGCUGGUUAGUGUUUCAGGUUUCUUGACACAAGUUAUUCAAGUCUGUUCAUCCUUGGUUAAAAUAUCAAAAUAUAUCUUAUGGGUUCUAUUUUAUCUAAUUUCAGGUUAGAACGGAAAGUGAGUACAUUGGCGCAUACAUGACUGAGUUUCGUUGACUGCAAUUAAAAUGAUUCUUGUGUAGACUAUUGUGCAAGCAGCGAAGGCAGUAGUCUAGCCGACGCGCGAGCAUUCGGUUGCACAAGACGUAAUGUUAAGCCUGCACCACGAAACCUCAUCAUCAGAGCGUGCCCCGGGUUACUGAAGUACAUUUUCCUUUUCCUUUUAGGCAAUCUUUCCAUCCCUCUUGAUUGAAUCUAAGGCACUUUAUGUAUGUGAUCGCAUUUCAGCCGAAAGAGCACAGCUCCCUGAAUGAGCAUUUUAAAUCCCCUCCCCCCCCCCCCACCCCGUCGAGUAUCUAAAAUGGCAUUUUUUCAAUGCAAACCAAAAAUAGCCAGUAAUAAUACAGAGCUGGCUUUUUUUCCAACGACGAUGUUGACUGUAACUCGGUAGGCAUGGCCAUAUGAAAAACUUCACGUGCCGUUACCGAGAUCCCCGUUGCAUUAACCGAAAAAUCUGUAACCGAGCAAUCCUACCUUCUCAUGUAAACCCCUACCAAUCCCUCCCUUUCUUUAAAAGUGGUGAGGUAUUUAGAAGCACGGCUGUGCUCUUUGUAGGAGCUUUACUGAACUACAGUAUUUUUCUCACAGCCGGAUGGUACAGAUCUCUUUCAUUUCGUCGACGGAUAUUCAUCUUGGGAUGCGUAUCUCGCACGCAUGAUGGCAGAUGGUACAUGGGGUGAUCACGUGAUCCUCCAUGGUACAGCAAAACUCUUUAAAACAUGCAUUCACGUGAUAAGCAGUCAUCACGAUGAAGUAAUGAUCUGCCCAGAGUAUGAUGUUACUGCUAGCACCCGCCUUGUACUGGGUCACGUGCAUGAG